AUGUCGCUGUCGAAUGGUCCUGUUGAACCUACUGAAGUGGUGGAGAUAAAGUCUCAGUUCGAACUCGAGUUUCGCCGGAUCAGCGUCCCUCGCACUGAGGCCGAGCGGCUGACUCUGGACUCGUUCUACCGUCUGGUGACGGACGCGCACUGCCUGCCCCGCGGAGCCCCCGUUCUCAUCUCCUACCAGAGCUCGAGGGACAUGAGGCAGACUCCUCUGGAGAGCGCCGAGGAGCUGGCGACGGCACUGCAAAUCGCCGCGCCGCUACUGAGGCUGUAUGUGAGUCGCCUAAGAGGACUCGAAGUUGAGGUUUCAGGAAGCGAGGAGGAACUGGGGGAAGAUGAGGACGAGAAAGGGAGAACCAAGAAAGGAGGAGAAGUGGGAGGAGGGAGGGGGAAGGGAAGAAGUCCUGGAGGGACCAAGGGAGAGAGAGAAAAGUCACCGACUGAAGGGAGACACAGGGAAAGGCAGCAAAACGGAAUGUCAAACCUCUUCCAAAAGGCAGUGAACAGCAUUCUGCGUCCUUCAUUGACCCAAAAUCAGUCAUUAUCAAAUGCCUGCAUACCACCUCACAGUAGGAUACACGAGGAGACCUAUGACAAUAGAACGCAGCCACAGUGUUGGGAGGAGGGCGAGGGGGGAGAUGGAGGGAAGGAGGGUGCGUUGUCGUACAGAACCAAGGAGAAUGGUGUGGUUAAUGGACUAAACAAACUUUCAUUGUCCACUGAGAAGAUCCAGCAAGAGUUUCCAUUUGUGAUUGAGAUUUACGGGUUUUCUCCGAGUCUCAGCACACAAGACCUGCUGCAAGAGUUUGACCACGGCAGGUCAGAAUUCUGUGUGAAAUGGGUCGACGACACCCACGCUCUGGGUAUCUUUGCCAGUGAGAAGCAAGCGUGGCUCUCUGCCGGUGGAGUGUACAGAAAGAUAAAGACACGGAUGUUGAGGGAUGGAACAGAGCAGUCUAUUUCAACUGCUGAGAACUAUGCCAGUGAGCUUCGUCCCCCAGGGGGGGAUGGUGAGGGGCGACCAAAGACCACUGCAAUGGUGGCAAGAAGAAUGGUGUCCAGUGCCUUGGGUAUACGAGUCCCACUCAGUACUCAGCAGAAGGAGAAAGAGAACAGAGAGUUGGAGGCAGCAAGAGACGAGGACAUUGCCGAGGAGGAGUCACUCACUGGGGACGAGUGGCUUGUAACUGUACAAGUGUUCACAGUGUUAAAACCUGUUGCCGAUGUGGGAGGGGGUGGGGACAACUAG